CAACAGGUCACCGAGGCUUAAGUCGUCCCUGUCGCGUUCUUUGAGAAGCGUCUCCCGAAUUUAAAACCUUGGUUACUUGGAAACAAUGAGCAAGGGGGAAAACUAUCAAUGUAACGUAAUACACAACGGCCACGUUAGAACAGCAUCAAUACGGUAUAAACAUUUAGCUUUUUCAAUGAGGCUUGUCAUAAUAGUUUAACACAGAUAUUUAGCGUCUUCGUUUUGGAUUAUUUGCCUCAGCAAGAAUUUGCUACCAACUGGAGAGGAAUUGAACACCAUGGACUGGUCAGACUAAUUAUUUUCCCACACUCUUCUGACACCAUGCCAAAUCGUCAAAAGAAAAUUAUAUUCUCUGUCGCCGGUGUGUUGAGUUUCGGUUGCGUCCUCAUUGUUGCUGCCGCGAUGGGGUCGCAAUUUUGGGUCCAGGGGACUAUGCUGUGUACAACCGGGGCGCAGCUUGUAAAUGCCACAGGACAAGAGCUUGAUAAAUUUGUCGGUAGAGUUAACUAUGGUCUCUUUCACGGACAGACAGUUAAGCAAUGUGGACUUGGUGGAAGACCCUUCAGAUUUUCAUUUUUUCCGAACUUGGUGGACGUCAUCCCAGCCAGUCUUCAUGUCACUGUGAUCUUCUUCUGCGGAGUUCUCAUCCUCUUCUCCUCUGUGGCCACAGGCUUCUUUGUGUACAACGCCUUUGGUAGUCCCUACGAGACUCUGCACGGAGCCCUGGGACUCUACCUCUGGAACUUCGUCUGCUGCCUCUGCAGCUGCCUGGUGAUGAUUCUGUUUGCCUCCGAGGUGAAGCUCCACCGGCUGUCUGACCACAUCGCCAACUUCAACGAGGGCACGUUUAUGUACAAGACGCACACAGAACAAUUCGACCACUCCUUCUGGCUCAUCUUCCUCACCUUCCUCGUCCAUGGCCUUAACAUCCUGCUGAUCCGUGUGGCCGGGAUCCAGUUCCCCUUCCAGGAGGCCAAAGAGUUGAAUGUCAACACUGGGGCAUCAGAUCUCAUGUACUGACCAGGGCUUUUGUUUGUUUGUGUGGCCGCUGGCUGCCCCUCCCCCACUCUAGUGACACUGAGCCUCGGCUAUUGGCAUGUCUCAAUGGGAGACUUGGGGCCAUAGCUCCUUGGUGCCCAUGCGCUGUUGUAAGGUCCAAGAAAAUGUGACCGUCCUAAGCCACUUCUUUUCUCUUUCCCAUGACGAGCUGUCAGUCCUUCAGACGACACCCGGAGAAGUCUCCCUGGCCACCUCUGUUAGGGCCGCUGUUUUGAAUCUUGGAGGGGAGGGGUCUUGUUUUUCUUUCCAUCGUGUCAUUAAUUGGUGAUAUCUCGUUAGGCGGUGGGCCAAUUAAAGGCCAGGAUUUCACUCUGCUAUAGAAAAGCAGAGACUUGUUUGGUUCCACUCCUUUUAUCAGGUUUUUCCAAGAAUUGGCAGUCCCUCCCUUAGCAGUCCCAAGUUAUAUCAAUGAAGGGGGACUGUUAAACAGUAUGUGACGAUUGAUUGACCAGAAUAGGUACCAUGUGUGUUUAGCCUUUCAUUAGUGCCCCUGAAAUGUAUUGAAGACCACAACUGUACAACUUAAACAGAGCCGUUUCUCUAUCCCUUGUGCUUCAUAUUGGUUUUUACUUAUAUAUUUAGAAAUCCUAGAGGUCGCUUCAUUGUUUAGUUAGAUUAUGUAUUCAGAAUCGUGUGAUUUGCAAAUUUGAAUGAUUUUAAUGAUGAUCAUUCCUAAUACAACAUUUUAUUUUAUGUGUAGAGCUUUUUAGAUUUGCUCGAGAUUUAUAUUCUGUUGGUGUAAGUCUGACAUUCUGACCACACCGCUUGCAUGCGCGAGCGUUGCAAAAUAAAUUUCAACAUACGUUAUUCAAUUAUUGCACCCACUGCUCACGCGCACCUGCAUUGCCAAGGGAUAAAAUAGAAGUCAGUUCUAUUUGUGACACCGAUCUCAGUGCAAGUCCUGCCUCUCCCAUCUCCUCAUUGGUUUAUAGAAGCAGAUAACCACGAGCCAUCUCCUCAUUGGUUAUACCCACGUGGGUGAUUGAAAGAUGAGCUGAGUUCGGUCGUUCGUCGUGGUAACUGAGAUGCCAAUCGCCAUAUAAAGUCCAAAGAAGAAAAAGCCUGGAAGGAGGAGAGAUGACUAGAAACGAUUCGGUUGACUGUUUUAUGUGUGGAGUAAGAGGACCUUGUCCAUUUCAGGUGAAAUAACAACUCAAUGUUUAUAUCCCAGGUCAAAUUAGCAGGAAACCGCAAGCUAGCUAAAAAGGAUAAAAUAGCAAGCUAAAUUGCCAUAAAUGUUUAAUGCUUUUCGACCUGUCCCCAAAAUAAUAUAAUUGGUUGAGUUUGUUUUGAUAUUUUAACCUGCAGAGUUCCUCUUUAACCAGCAGAGUUCCUAGGUCCAGUGUCUGUUAUUUUUCCCAUCUUAAUAUUUUCUUUUUAUUGGCCAGUCUGAGAUAUGGCUUUUUCUUUGCAACUCUGCCUAGAAGCCAGCAUCCCAGAGUCGCCUCUUCACUGUUGACGUUGAGACUGGUGUUUUGCUGGUACAAUUGAAUGACGCUGCCAGUUGAGGACUUUUGAGGCUUCUGUUUCUCAAACUAGACACUAAUGUACUUGUCCUCUUGCACAGUUGUCCAUCGAGGCCUCCCUUUCUUUCUAUUCUGGUUAGGGCCAGUUUGUGCUGUUCUGUGAGGGGAGUAGUACACAGCGUUGUACGAGAUCUUCAGUUUCUUGGCAAUUUCUCGCAGUUCUCACCUUCAUUUCUCAGAACAAGAAUAGACUGCGUUUCAGAAGAAAGGUCUUUGUUUCUGGCUAUUUUGAGCCUGUAAUCGAACCUACAAAUGCUGAUGCUCAACUAGUCUAAAUUAGGCCAGUUUUAUUGCUUCUUUAAUCAGGACAACAGUUUUAAUCUGUGAUAAAAUAAUUGCAAAAGGAUUUUCUAAUGAUCAGUUAGCUAAUCCAAGUUUAUAAUUUUAAAAGGCUAACACAACGUGCCAUUGGAACACAGGCGUGAUGGUUGCUGAUAAUGGGCCUCUGUAGGCCUAUGUAGAUAUUCCAUUAAAUCAGCCAUUUCCAGCUACAAUAGUCAUUUACAACAUUAACAAUGUCUGCACUGUAUUUCUGAUCAAUUUGAUGUUAUUUUAAUGGACAAUUAAAAAAAAAAAAAAAUUUAAACAAUGACAUUUCAAAGUGACCCCAAACUUUUGAACGGUAGUGUACUUAUUACCUCAAAUAACCUGUACCCCUGCACAUUGACUAUUUUUUUACUUAACACUUUUUCUUAACUGCAUUGUUGGUUAAGGGGGCCUGUAAGUAAGCAUUUCACUGUAAGGUGGUAAAUUAAAUUGAUUGGACAUGAUUUGGAAAGCCACACACCUGUCCAUAUAAGGUCCCACAGUUAACAGUGCAUGUCAGAGCAAAAAAACAAGCCAUGAGGUCGAAGGAAUUGUCCAUACAGCUCAGAGACAGAAGAAGUUUGGAACCACCAAGACUCUUCCUAGAGCUGGCUGCUGGGCCUAACUGAGCAAUCAGGGGAGAAGGACAUUGGUCAGGGAGGUGACCAAGAUGCUGAUGGUCACUCUGACAGAGCUCCUCUGUGGAGAUGGGAGAAACUUCCAGAAGGACAACCAUCUCUGCAGCACUCCAACAAUCCAGUAUUUUUGGUAAAGUGGCCAGACGGAAGAAACUCCUAGGUAAAAGGCAAAUGACAGAAAUCUGGUGGCACACAAACCCAAGAUUUAACUAUUUGGCCUGAAUUCCAAGCAUCACGUCUGGAGGAAACCUGGCACCAUCCCUACGGUGAAGCAUAGUGGUGGCAACAUCAUACUGUAGGGAUAUUUUUCAGCGGGAGGGAUUGGGAGACUAGUCAGGAUCGAGAGGAAACAUGAACGGAACAAAGUACUGAGAGAUCCUUCAUGAAAACCUGCUCAGGACCUCAGACUGGGGCAAAGGUUCCUCUUUCAACAGGACAACGACAAGUCUCUGAUUGUCCUUGAGUGGCACAGCCAGAGCCUGGACUUGAACCCGAGCAAGCAUCUCUGGAGAGACCGGAAAAUAGUUGUGAAGUGACGCUCCCCAUCCAACCUGAUAAAGCUUGAGAGUAUUUGUAGAGAAGAAUGGAAGAAACUCCCCAAAUACAGGUGUGCCAGGCUUGUAGCAUCAGACCAAAGAAGACUUGAGGCUGUAAUCGCUACCAAAGGUGCUUCAACAAAGUACUGAGUAAAGGGUCUGAAAACGUAUAUAAAUGUGAUAUUUCCUUUUUAUUUUUUAUAAAUUUGCUAAAAUUUCUAUACCUGUAUUUUCUUUGUCAUUAUGGGGUAUUGUGUGUAGAUUGAUGAAGAAAAAACACAAUCCAUUUUAGAAUAAGGCUGUAACAUAACAACGUGGAAAGAGUCAAGGGGUCUGAAUUAGAGGUCGACCGAUUUUAUGAUUUUUCAACACCAAUACCGAUUUUAUAUUUGUAAUAAUGACAAUUGCAACAAUACUGAAUGAACCCUUUUAUUUUAACUUAAUAUAUAAAUCAAAUCUAUUUAGUCUCACAUAAAUAAUGAAACAUGUUGAAUUUGGUUUAAAUAAUGCAAAAACACAGUGUUGGAGAAGAAAGUAAAAGUGCCAUGUAAAAAAAGCUAAUGUUUUAAGUUUCUUGCUCAGAACAUGAGAACAUAUGAAAUCUGGUGGUUCAAUAUUCCCAGUUAAAAAGUUUUAGGUU